AUGCAUUUGAGCAAACGAAGCGUCCUCGGUGACCUGAAAUCUUUUUCGGCUCACCACUCAUUCUGGUACAUGACCCUGRACGCCCGAAGUUAUACUUACGAGCAACUAAAUCUUCGGCCAACGAAAGAUCAGGCCACUCUGUCAUUUAGUGCUCAACGCCGCCCUGCGGCCAGACGUGAUCUACCAUUGAACACGGGUCACCGAGACGAAAUCUAUCUACAAUUCCAACAGACACCCGUGCCUCUUAUUCGCGUCCUUCUUCAGCACAUCAAUCUGAGGGGGGAAACCUCGAAGGCGUCAAAGCUGGCGGAUURUGCUCUUUUGGCACCAUCUUCCUCAUGCAAGUGUGKAAUACUUCAUGAAUCAGCGUUCUGGUAA